UUUAAUUUCAGAGGGCGCAGCAGUGGCAAAGGGCCCCCUCAACCACCGAUUCCCUUUCAAGGCAUAUAUGCAAACAUGCGAAUGGUUCACAUACUCACAUCCGUUGUCGGAUCAAAAUGUGAAGUACAGGUGAAAAAUGGAAGUAUAUAUGAAGGAGUUUUUAAAACUUACAGCUCUAAGUGCGAUUUAGUGCUCGACGCGGCUCAUCAGAAGACGGCGGAAUCCAGUCUGGGUCCCAAACAAGAAGACAUCAUCGAGAGCAUCCUGUUCAAGUCUUCGGAUUUUGUGAUGGUGCACUUUAAGGACAUGGACUCCAGCUACGCCCAGAGAGAUGCCUUCACGGAUUCUGCCAUCAGUGCGAAAGUGAAUGGUGAGCACAAGGAGAAGGACCUGGAGCCUUGGGACGGAGGAGAAGGCGCCACUGCCGAUGACCUGGAAGCCUUAGAGACGGAUGUUUCCAAUGGAUGGGAUCCCAAUGACAUGUUUCGCUACAACGAAGAAAACUACGGGGUGGUGUCGACGUACGACAGCAGCUUGGCUUCCUAUACGGUACCCCUGGAAAGAGAUAAUUCUGAAGAUUAUUUAAAACGGGAAGCAAGAGCAGCCCAAUUAGCAGAAGAAAUCGAAUCCAGCGCCCAGUACAAGGCUCGGGCCGCUUUGGAGAAUGAUGACCGGUCCGAAGAAGAAAAAUACACCGCGGUUCAGCGAAAUGCUUCCGAGCGAGAAGGGUCCCUGGCAGCCCCCAGGUAGAGUGAUGGGGAAAGUGGGAUGGCGGGGAAUUCCUUCCUUCCUUCCUUCCUUCCUUCCCCCCUCCAUUUCUUCCUUCCAUUCUCUCCUUCAUUCUCAUCCUUCCAUCUAUCUAGCUUUUCCUUCUUCAUAUCAUUUGUUCUGUCAGGUGUUCCCUGGCCAUCGCCUUGCCCAUCUCCUUCCUCUCGCCCUCCUCGCUACCAGUCAGCUCCCACCUCUCUUCCACCACGGGCAGCCACCCCUACAAGGCCGCCCUCCAGGCCCCCCUCGCGGCCCUCCAGGCCCCCGCCUCACCCCUCUGACCAUGGCUCGCCAGCUCCCGUCUCUACUCUGCCUAAACGCAUGUCUUCAGAAGGACCCCCCCGGAUGUCUCCCAAGGCACAGCGGCACCCGCGAGGCCACCGAGUCCCGGCGGGGAGAGGCGUCAUCUCCAGCGGCUUAGAAUUCGUCUCCCACAACGUGCCCGGCGAAGCCAGCUCCUCCUCCUCGUCCUCCUCCUCUUCCUCCUCGGCCCGAGGCGGCUCUUCAGGUGGGACGUGGUCCUCGGUGGUCAUGGGGGUCACCAGGUCGUCCCCCAAGGCGCACAGACCCCGGUCUCCAAGGCAGAGCAGCGGGGGAGGGCUCCCUUCUGGCCCGGCCUUGUCCUCCCCCCAAGCUGGCUCGAUCCCAGCCGAAUUUGCAGCCGCCCCGGUGCCAGUGGCUUCGCCCACCCCCGCCAGUCCUGCCACCAACAGGGCAAGCACCCCAUCUGCCGAAGCAAAAGACGGCCGGCUCUAUGAGCAGAGGCAGGGCGGCUCCUCCCCGGCUGCAGCCAAGGAGCAUCUCAAGCCCAGCGAAGCUUCUCCCCAUUUUAGCAAGCCGGAAGGCAAAGGAGUUUCUCCGGCUGUUCUAGAACACAGAAAACAGAUCGACGAUUUGAAGAAAUUCAAGAACGACUUCAGGUUACAAUCGAGCUCUAACCCCGAAAUGGUGGAGCAGCUGCUGAGUAAAACCGAAGAGGGUGAAAAAGGCCGGGAGGCCCCCAAGGAGAAGGUGGACCCCACCCCUAAAGACUCGGUGGCCGAGCCGGGCGGCAGCGGGGGCCCCUCAGCCAGCGGGAGCAACCCCUCCAGCAGCCCCCCCAGCGCCUUGCCUGCCAGCAGCAGCCUGGCGGAGCCGAAGGCCGGACCGGAGGUGACGUCCCAGGGCGUCCAGACCUUGGGCCCCGGGGCCAAGCAGGAGAAGGAGGACAAGGAGGAGAAGAAAGACGCCACCGAACAAGUCAGGAAGUCCACGCUGAAUCCCCACGCGAAGGAAUUCAACCCCCGCUCUUUCGCCCAGCCCAAACCUUCCACCACGCCAACAUCGCCCCGUCCGCAAGCCCAGCCCAGCCCGUCGAUGGUGGGUCACCAGCAACCUGCUCCAGUCUACUCCCAGCCUGUUUGCUUCGCCCCCAACAUGAUGUACCCGGUCCCUGUCAGCCCGGGCGUUCAGCCUUUGUACCCGAUCCCCAUGACCCCGAUGCCGGUCAACCAGGCCAAGACCUACAGAACAGGUAAAGUGGCCAACAUGCCUCAGCAGCGGCAAGAGCCCCACCCGCAGAACGCCCUGAUGCACCCAGCCUCGGCCGCCGGGGCCCCCAUGGUGGCCACACCGCCGGCCUACUCGGCCCAGUACGUCGCCUACAGCCCUCAGCAGUUCCCCAGCCAGCCUCUGGUGCAGCACCUGCCCCACUACCAGUCUCAGCACCCCCACGUCUAUAGCCCUGUCAUUCCGGGCAACGCUCGGAUGAUGGCGCCGCCAGCCCACCCACAACCCGGCCUGGUCUCUUCUCCUGCCAGCCAGUACGGGGCCCACGAACAGACGCAUGCGAUGUAUGCAUGUCCCAAAAUACCCUACAGCAAGGAGACAGGCCCUUCCUUCUACUUUGCCAGUGAGUUUGGGGAUCUUUUUUUUGUGUGUGUGUGUAUGUGUAUGUGUUUGUGUACUAACCUCGAUGUUACACAUUGCACGAAUCGUUGUCGGUAAAAGGGGAAAAUCGGACGCUCUUCCCUCCCUUUGCACCAAACCUUCACUUGGCACAUGGAGGUUUAUUUUUCCUCUUGGGGGGGGGGGGGGGAGGAUGAGGGGUAGUGAAACUUGUAGCAUAUCCAGAGAUGGCGAAGGAAGCUGUCGGAAGAACCUUGGGUAGAGAAAUGCAGGUAAAACGACUGUCAGGGUCCCCUGGGGAAAAAAAAGAGCUCCCUACGUAAAAUCUGUGCUUCUCAUGG